GGCAGGCGGGCGAGCCCGCAGCGAGACGGAGCCGGCCCCGGUCUCAGCCGUGGCCCUGGCGGGCGGUGGGGACUCGACCCCGGGCGGCGGCGGCGGCGGCAUGUCGGGCCAGAGCGCGGUGAGCGACCCCCAGCACGCCGCCCGCCUGCUGCGGGCCCUCAGCUCCUUCCGCGAGGAGAGCCGCUUCUGCGACGCGCACCUGGUGCUGGAGGGCGAGGAGAUCCCGGUGCAGAAGAACAUCCUGGCGGCCGCCAGCCCUUACAUCCGAACAAAAUUGAACUAUAAUCCUCCAAAGGAUGAUGGAUCUACAUAUAAGAUUGAACUUGAAGGGAUAUCUGUCGAAAUCAUGAGAGAAAUACUGGAUUACAUCUUCAGUGGGCAGAUCAGGCUAAAUGAAGACACUAUCCAAGAUGUUCUGCAGGCAGCUGAUCUCCUGCUUCUUACAGAUCUUAAAACCCUCUGCUGUGAGUUUUUAGAAGGUUGUAUAGCUGCUGAGAACUGUAUUGGUAUUCGGGACUUUGCACUGCACUAUUGUUUGCGUCACGUUUAUUACCUUGCCUCGGAGUAUCUGGAAACUCACUUCCGAGAUGUCAGCAGCACAGAGGAGUUCCUGGAACUGAGUCCCCAAAAACUGAAAGAAGUGCUAUCCCUGGAAAAGCUGAAUGUUGGAAAUGAAAGAUAUGUAUUUGAAGCAGUAAUUAGAUGGAUCUCCCACGAUUCAGAAUUAAGAAAGGUUCACCUGAAGGAUGUCAUGUCAGCAGUGUGGGUUUCAGGAUUAGAUUCAACUUAUUUGCGUGAGCAGAUGAUGAGUGAACCACUGGUACGGGAGAUUGUCAAAGAAUGUAACAACAUUCCACUCACUCCACCACAGCAGGGGGAGGCAAUGUUAGCUUCUUUCAAACCCAGAGGUUAUUCCGAGUGUAUAGUGACUGUUGGUGGUGAAGAAAGAGUGUCACGGAAACCAACAGCUGUGAUGCGAUGCAUGUGCCCUCUUUAUGAUCCUAAUAGGCAACUCUGGAUUGAACUUGCCCCUAUGAGUAUUCCAAGAAUCAACCAUGGAGUACUCUCGGCAGAAGGAUCUUUGUUUGUACUUGGAGGUCAAGAUGAAAAUAAGGAAACUCUGAGCUCUGGAGAAAAAUAUGAUCCUGAUACCAAUUCAUGGAGUUCCUUGCCACCAAUGAAUGAGGCACGACAUAAUUUUGGUUUGGUAGAGAUUGAUGGAAUUCUGUAUAUUCUGGGAGGUGAGGAUAGAGAAAGGGAGCUACGCUCUAUGGAGUGCUAUGAAAUUUAUAACAAGACUUGGACCAAGCAGCCAGAUCUGACCAUGGUUAGAAAGAUUGGCUGCUAUGCAGCUAUGAAGAAGAAAAUCUAUGCCAUGGGUGGAGGCUCCUAUGGAAAACUGUUUGAAUCUGUUGAGUGUUACGACCCUAGGACUCAGCAAUGGACAGCCAUCUGUCCACUAAAAGAGAGAAGAUUUGGGGCAGUGGCAUGUGGAGUUGCCUCAGAGCUUUACGUGUUUGGUGGAGUCAGAAGUCGUGAUGAUAAUCAGGCCAGUGAGAUGGUGACAUGCAAAUCUGAAUUUUAUCAUGAUGAGUUUAAAAGGUGGAUUUAUCUAAAUGAUCAGAACUUAUGCAUCCCAGCCAGUUCUUCCUUUGUGUAUGGAGCUGUACCUAUUGGGGCCAGUAUUUAUGUCAUUGGAGAUCUUGAUACAGGUACCAAUUAUGACUACGUUAGAGAGUUUAAAAGGAGCACAGGAACUUGGCACCAUACUAAACCAUUAUUUCCAUCAGACCUUCGCCGCACUGGCUGCGCAGCCUUGCGGAUUGCAAACUGCAAGCUUUUCCGACUGCAACUUCAGCAAGGAUUGUUCCGUAUUCGUGUUCCUUCCCCAUGAGUAAUCCUCUAAAAAUGGAGGAGAUGGGAAGAACCUGACACAGUCCACCAUAACAUAGCUUUAUAUAAGGAAAAACAAAGCUAUUGCAACUGAAACUUACAUUAUAUGCUGUGCUUUGGUAUGGUAUCUGUUUUUGUUUGUUUUAAAAUGCUUAAAAACUUGAGUCUCAGCUCUUGUUUGGGGGAUAAAUAGCUGUAUAUUAAACAAAAAAAAUACCAUGACAAAGGGAACACCUUCAGUCCUAACUAUCUAAAAAAUUAAACUACACUAAUGAAGGAGUUCCUUGUGUCUGAAGCAGGAAGGAAUGGGUAAUAUAACAAAUUGUAUUGAAAAGUAAAAAAAAAUUAAGGUGCAUUUCCCCUGAGGGGAAUUGAUAAGAGUUAGCAUGCUAUCUUCAACUGGAUAGCUUUAGUACAUAGAUACGCUAUAUGAAAACCAGCCUCUCUGGUAUACUGCAAGACUGUUCUUCAUCUGAAUCAGCUGGAGGGAGAUAUUGGUUAUUGCACCUUUAUUUCUAGCCCUUUCUCACUAGUCAAGGUCUGUGCCUACAAGGGUGGAGGUGUACAUAUGUUUUUCAUUCAUUUCCGAUGUUUUCAUUCCUAAGGAUCUUUUAAAUAUAUUUAAAAUUGAACUAAGAGUUACACUAUAUUAUAGAUGUGUAAAUUGUUUUUCUACACUGUGUCAUUCAAAUGGUCUGAAGAUUCCGUGUAUUGGUGGGCCAGCAUGCAUUCUUUGUGUGGAUUUUGGAAGCUGCAAUUACUGAAAUAGAUGGAAGGACUGAGGCGUGGAAUAUGUCACACCUUUACUGUGGCUGGUAAAGGAAUGCAGCACAUGAGUUGCUUUUCAGAGAGAAAUAGGACUCCUUUUCCCUUCAGAUGACUUAAAAAUCACUGCAAGUUUGCCGUGCUGAGGACGUGUAUUUGUGCAAAAGGGGAAAAGGAAAGGUGGGGCAUUAAAAAGGAUAUAUAUGUAUUGUGGAAAACUUGAUUUCAGGUUCCUGUUUUAAAGGAAAUUGUACAGGUAACUUAUAUUGGGAUCAGAAGCUGGUUUACUGAUUGAUCUCUGUGCUAAGGUACAGAGUCUUGAUUACUGCUGUUUGGCUUUGAAAGCUUGUUUUAGAAUGCAGUUGUAGUGAAGAAUUUGUUUUAUGGCUUUUUCCUUUUAAGUCUUGUUAACACUGCGAGUAAUAUUUAAUUGAGUUAUGUUAGUAGGAAAGAUCUGCUGGUAGAACACACUUUACCUCAUUACUUAAUUUCAUUUUUGUUACUUGUGAUGGGUGACACACAACACUAGGGGGAAAAAAAAGAAAAAAAAAAAGAAAUGGAGCUGGAAACUUAUCCUUAUCUCCACCCUAAAAAGACUCUUCUAAUACUUUGUAGUGUUGCUGGUACUGUUACAAGACACUAUUCUUUCCACUCUGAAACUUUGAAGGACCUCAACCAAAAAUCAGUGGGCCAGGUUUUGCCCUCAGUUAUACACGUAUAAAUCCAGAUUAACUCCUUUGAUCCAUUUGUUAGGCCUAAAUAAAGAUGUAGCACAAAAACCAGUUAUGUUAAUUUGACUGAAGUUAGCAUGUUUUAUAAAGCCCUGGGAAAAAGUAAGAUACA